AUGUUUUUAGAUCAGUCUAAUACUUCAAACCAAGCCAUUAACACCUUUUCUAGUAUCCAAUUAAGUUCAUCAUCAAGAGAAAAUAGGAAUGUUAUAGCCUUGAUUCAUAAAGAAAAUGUUGCUAAAGAGCUCUCAAAUUAUCAGGACAAUGCAAUUAAUGUAAAUGUUGAUGAUUAUCACAAUACUCAUGGCUUACAAAUGCCUACAACUACAUCUACUAGUGAUGUUUAUCAUAUGACAACCAUCCUUGCUAUUCCAAUACCUGAAGCAAAAGCUGUUCCAAAUGAUGCUAAACAUAACCCAUUAGUCAUUGAUUGUGAUUCUUUAAUUUUCCGAAUAGAAAAUCAUUACAUGUCAUUACUUUCCCAAUCAUAUAACAAUAGAUUUGCAAAUCAACUUAUUCUUUCUGAAGAUGACUUAUUUGGUAGUCUUAUUUCUUAUUGUUAUGAUGCUGAGAUUCAUGAAAAAAAAAGGAGGAACGGCAGCUUAAAAACACAUUACUAA